AUGACCAUAGCAGAGCAAACAUCAAACGAAACAAGCAGGUGCUUGUUGAGCUACUUGUCUUACAUGUGCUUGGAGACAACGAAAGCUUCAGAGACGAGGAUCAAAAGGUUACUUGCUGCGCCAAAACAACAGAAAAUCAUUUCAAUCCCAUGUAGUGGGAACCAAGGUUGCAACACACAAUAAUCCGCUUAUUAAGUGGAUUGGUUAAAUUCGGAUUUUAUGCAGCAGCGAGGUCUUGUACAAGGAUGUCGAAUUCACGUCUUAGUGCUGUUCUAAAUCCAUCGUAAAUUAGUAAUACCAAG